AUCGUAUAUAUAAUGUGCAGUUGUGAUAUGCUAGAUUAUUUAAAUGAUGUUCAUCACGUGCCUGUUAUUUUUAACUAAUCUAGGGUAAUUGCUAUAUAAUUUAUGUGGUAACACAGUGUAUCAGCCGUAGUGCGUUCGAUGAGUCGUGUCUCACUAUUUUGAUAAAACUGCGUUAUAAAACAAUCCAAUGUCAUUAAGUUCUAAAUUGUGGUGUAGUAUAAGUGUUUAUUUGCCACGCUAGAGUACAUUAAAUUUGUGUGUCCGUCAUGCCUGUGACACUCGUAGACAGGUUGCCCUUGCCGAAUCUCAAGGUUUACACCGCGGGAAGUGUUUCAGUGCUUUCGAUCGCUGUUUAUUACGCGCUGAGUGUGACUAGUGAUCCGAACUGGCGAGCGAACGCGACGCUGGGCCGGCAGGACGCGAUGGAGCCGGGUGAAGGAGAGCCGCGGCUGGUGCCGGCGCCGACGCACAACAACGCCACCAGGAACGUGUCCGAGCAGUUCGUGGACGUGAUGACGUUCAUGAUGCAGGAGCCGCUCUGCAUGUGGACGCUGAUCAACAUCGCGUACUGCGCGCUGGCGGUGUUCGGGUUCGGCGUGCAGCGGCUGGUGUUCGGGCAGCUGCGCGUGGCCGAGGCGCAGCGCGUCAAGGACAAGUUCUGGAACUACGUGUUCUACAAGUUCAUCUUCGUGUUCGGCGUCAUCAACGUGCAGUACAUGGACGAGGUGCUGCUCUGGUGCUCCUGGUUCACGCUCGUCGGCUUCCUGCAUCUGCUCGGACAGCUCUGCAAGGAUAGGUACGAAUAUCUGUCGUCGUCGCCGAACACGGGCGGCUGGGCGCACGUGCGGCUGGCGUGCCUGCUGGCGGGCCUGCUCACCGCCGCCACCAUGCUGCUGGCCGCCGCCACCGCCUUCGGCCUGCCCGCCGGCCGGGACACCUUCGCCUUCAUGGCUGCCGAGUGCGUGCUGGUGCAGGUGUCGGUGCUGCACGUGGCGGCGCGCUACGCGCUGCAGCUGCGCGAGGCGGACGUGGCAGGCCCGCUCGCCUACUACACGCACCUCAUCUUCGACUCGGUGGCGCUGGUGGUGGAGCUGCUGCACGUGCUGCACAUGGUGGUGUUCAGCAACAUGCUGGUGUCCAUGGCGUCGCUGGUGCUGCUCAUGCAGCUGCGCCACCUGCUGCACGAGCUGCAGGCGCGCCUGCGCCGCCACCGCCUCUACUCCGAGCUCGCCACGCACAUGAGCCGCAACUACCCGAUGGCUAGCAAGGAGGAAGUAGAGAAGAACCAGGACAACUGCGCCAUCUGCUGGGAGCCCAUGAAGGAGGCUCGCAAGCUGCCCUGCUCGCACCUGUUCCACAACUCGUGCCUGUGCCAGUGGGUGCAGCAGGACGCGUCGUGCCCCACGUGCCGCCGCGCGCUGGCCGGCGCCGCGCGCGCGCCCGCGCCGCCCGCCGCAAGGCACCCCAACCAUCUGUUCCACUUCGACGGGUCGCGGUACGUGUCGUGGCUGCCGAGCUUCUCGGUGGAGGUGACGCGCGUGCCGGGCGAGGCGGCGCUGGCGGGCGCGCAGCUGGAGGCGGCGGCGGCGCAGCUGCAGCUGGUGUUCCCGCAGCACUCGCGCGCCGCGCUGGCCGCCGACCUGGCGCGCACGCGCUCCGCCGACCUCACGCUCGACAACAUCCUGGAGGGCCGCCUGCCGCGCCCCGCGCCGCCGCCCGCGCCCGCCGCGCGCUUCUCGCCGCGGGCGGCGGAGCGCGAGGCGCUGCUGCGGCGCCGCAAGGAGCAGCUGCUGGCGGGCGCGCGCCGCCGCUACCUGCAGCGCGCCGCCGAGCGCCCGCCGCCCAGCUGAACCGAGGCUGAUCCCGAUGACGUAAUGUGUGACGACCCGACUCUUUACUUUUAGUGUGUAGCCAUAACUAUUGAUUUAAUGUAAAUAUUUCAUCCUUUGUGAUAUUUUAAUUAGUGUAUAAAUUAGUAUGUCCUCUUACAUCGACGAGCCUAGCUGUAAAGUCGUUUCAAUAUUUUAGUUAAACCGGCGGACGAUCCGUCGAAUGGCCUUAUUAUUAGACGCUUGUCGCGCCGAUUUAUUUUUCUAUUUUAUCUUUGAGAAUGUAUUUUUCUAAUUAAUAAAAAAAUAUAUAAAAAUAUGAUCGUCCAUAGUUUGUAGUCGACCAUUAAAUUGUACACGAACUUGUAAAUUAUUAACUAAUACCAGUUUGAUCUCCCUUUAAUUGUAAUUAUAUGUUUUCAAUUUAGUAUGUAUUUUUAUAACGUCAUUAAUUCAAGUUAAACGAGGCGUAUUUAUAGUGAGCACUGGAAAGUGACAAAUAUACAGAUAUGUUAUUAAACAAUCCUAAUAACAGAGUCCACACUGCUCACUGCUCACUGCUCACUGUGAAUAAAGACAGUUCUCAAAGUAACAUGUCUCUUAGAUAUAAUAAUUUGUGUCUCGCAUCUAUAUAGUAAUAUAAUAGUUUAAGAAUUUCGCCGAGUUGCUACUUUGUAACACAAAGAACUGUGUAAUUACAAUUGCUUAAAAAAAAAAUACCAAAUUUUUUUUAUGAUUUUUAUACUCGGUUUAUUGAUUACUCGUUGUCUCACUAUAAACCAAUAUUUAUUAAAAUGUGAUAUAAUAGUAACUGAGUAAAUUAUGUAAAUAAGUGGCAAACUGACUUAACUAUGAUAGUACUAAAAAUAAUUCAAACAUGGAAUCGACUACACAAGCCACUAAAAUGCCAACACCCCACACAAGAGACACAAGUACUUAGUUAUGAUAAAAUAAUUGUUUUUAGUUGUUGAUAAAGCCACAGCUUUAGGUUACUGCUGACACAUUUACAAUAAUGAUGAAAAUUUAUUCAUGACUAGUCAAAAUAAAAUAAUAUUACAAAUAA